AUGUUAAGUUUUAAAAUAUUGAGAAAAAUAUGUAAUGAACAUUUAAUUUUAGAAAGAAAAUUUUUCACAGAAGCAAUAAGAGGAAAAGAUAAAAUAACAAAAUAUGAAAGAAAAAAUCCUUUUUUAUUUUACAAAAGAAAUAUAAAUAUAUCAAGAAAAUGUUUAAGUCAGGAUCCAUAUACAGUAUUAGGUUUAUCGAGAAAUGCAACUACAAAUGAAAUUAAAAAACAAUUUCGUAUAUUAGCUAAAAAAUAUCAUCCAGAUAUAAAUCCAUCACCUGACGCUAAACAAAAAAUGGCUAGUAUAACAGCAGCAUAUGAAUUAUUAUCAGACCCAAAAAAAAAAGAACUUUAUGAUAAAACAGGAAUGACAGAUGAUAUGAAUUUUGAAAAUCAUUCCUCAAAUUUUGAGGGUGGUUUUUCAGGUUUUGGUGAUGCCUCAUUUAUGUUUACAGAUUUUGCAGAAAUGUUUACCAAUAUGUCAGGAACAAAAAACACUUCAGUAAGAGGAGAAGAUAUUCAAACAGAAAUUACUUUAAAAUUUAUGGAGGCUAUAAAAGGUUGUGAAAAAAAUGUCCGAUUAAAUGUUAAAGUGUCAUGUAAUCAUUGUAAUGGUUCAGGAAAAAAACCAGGUACAAAUUUAACCAUCUGUAAAGUUUGCAAUGGUUCAGGUAUACAACGAAUGGAAAGAGGUCCAAUAAUCAUCGGAGUACCAUGUAGAAAUUGUUCUGGUAAUGGGCAAAUUAUUAAUAACCCUUGUAAAUAUUGUUCUGGUAGUGGUGUUAAAUUUCAAACAAAAAAUAUAACAUUAGAUAUACCAGCAGGAAUUAAAAAAGGAAUGCAAAUGAGAAUUCCGAAUCAAGGACAUUGUGGUUAUAGAGGAGGUAAAUGCGGUCAUCUAUUUGUAACUAUAAAUAUUGAACCUCAUAAAAUUUUUAAAUGGAUAGAUGAUAAUAUAUAUGUUGAUGUUCCAUUAACUAUUAAGCAAUGUUUAUUAGGUGGUAUUGUUAAUGUACCAACUCUUAAUGGUAAUAUGGAUUUAUUAAUUAGACCUAAAACUUACCCUAAUUCAGAAAAAAUUUUAAAAGGCAAAGGACCAUGUAAAGUUGAUUCACAUACUAAUGGUGAUUUAAUCAUAAAAUUUAGUUUAAAAAUGCCAGAAAAAUUAACACCAAGACAAAUUGAAUUAAUUGAAGAAUUUAACAGAAUUGAAUUAAAUUUACCAAAUGCUCAAAAUAUCAGUAAAAAAAAAAAUAGUUACGAUACAAAAAUUAAUAAUAAUGAGAUAUAUGAUAAUGAAAAAAACGAUAAUUCCAAAUCAAACAGUGAAAAAUUGAAUAAUGAUAAAUUAAAAAAUAAUGAAAAUGAAAAAUUUAUGAAGGAAAAAACCAUUAAUAAAAAUAGUUACGGUAAUAAAGAAGUAAAUAACAAAGGAAAUAGUAAUGAACAAAUUAAUAUAAAUUCGAAUAAUAAUAAAAAUAAUUUUAAUAAAAGUGAUAGUAACAAUAACAAAAGCAAUGAAAAUUCUACAUAUAAUGAAAAAAAAGAAGAAAAAAUUAUCCCUGAGCCUCCUUUGCCACACACAAAAAAAAACAUAAACAAUUUAGAGAAUAAAAUUUCUUCUAAUAUACCCAUUCCACCUUUACCUCCCAAAUCUUCUUCCAAUUCAUUAAAAGAAAAUAAAAAAGAGAAUGAAAUUAAGGAUGAAAAAAGUAAAUUACAUAACUUGAAUGCUAAUUCUUAUGAUAAUUGUACGAAUAACAUACAAAAUAAUAAUAUGAAUAAUAUUAAUGACAAUAAUAAAAAUAAAUUAAAUAAAAAUGUGUAUAAUUUCAGUAAAAGACUAAAAGAAUCAUCUAAUUUUUUUGAUCAUAUUAGUAGUAAUAAUAAUAAAUCAGAAAAAUCAUAUGAAAAAGAUAAAAAUGAAAAAAAUGAUUCUUCAACUUUUUCAUAUGCUAAAAAAUGGCUUACUAACAAAUUCAAACCAAAAAAUUAA